AUGGGUAACCCCAAACUUAUCUUCGGCGCUGCUUCUUUCGGCAUGGACUUCGCCAGCCCCGAGGAAAUCCAGGAAGUCCUGGAUUAUUUGAAACGAAAUAAAAUCACCCACAUUGACACGGCCAGCAGAUAUCCCCCUAUCGCGCCUGGUCGCUCCGAGGAGCUGUUAGGGGAGACUAAAGCCGUCAAUCAGGGCUUCACGAUUGACACCAAAAUUUUCACGCAGACUAGCAAUCAAGGGGGGCAUAUGGAAAGCAGCGCCGUUGAACAGUCCGUUAAGAUUAGUCUGAGGCGAAUUGGCAUUGAUCAGGUGAACACCCUAUACAUUCACUAUCCCGACCUCUCCACCCCGCUGGAAGAGCAGGCAAGAACCAUCAACGACCUAUAUGCAGCAGGGAAAUUCAAGCAAUUUGGUGUCUCAAACUUUAAGCCCGAUCUGCUGCAGCAAUUCCUCGCUAUCUGCGAGGCCCACGGCUAUGUCAAACCUACCGUCUACCAAGGCGACUACAGUGCUGUGAAUCGCGGGAUGGAGAAGAAGCUUCUUCCCAUCCUAAGAAAUUAUGGAAUUGCUUACAAUGCCUUUCGGUAAGCCAUGUUUCCAUUCUGUGUAAGAAGGAAUUUGACCGUCCUGCAGCGUUCUAGCCUCGGGUUUCCUUUCCGGCAAAUUCACCCACGGCACAGCCGAGGAUACACGCUUCAGCGCCGAUAAUCUCUUGGGACAAUUCAUGCAGGGACUAUAUGACCAGGAGGUAUUACACUCAGCACUGAAAAGGCUGGAGAUUGCGACCGAGUCUCUGGGAAUUACUACCAUCGACGCGGCACUGCGAUGGGCAUAUUAUCAUUCGGCACUGGCAGAGAAUGAUGGGAUAAUUCUUGGGGCGAGCUCGAUAAAGCAGCUUAGAUCAAAUGUGGAAAGCAUUC